AUCGGCCGGCUGAAGUCUCUGACGCGGUUCGUGCUGAUCGGGCUGUACCUCACCGACCUGCCAGAGGAGCUAGGCGACCUGGUCUGCCUGGAGCAGCUCUACUGCUCGGGGACCGCCGUCAGGGCGAUACCCGAGCGGACCUCCAGUCUGGAGCGCCUCUGGGACUUGUAUUUCGACGGGAAUCAGCUGCGGUCGCUUCCUGAGGUCAUGCCAGCGCUGAUGGAUAGCUUCAAAGUGUCUGGAAACGAACUCACGAGCCUCCCCAAUGACAUGCCAGGCCAUGCGUCGAUUGAAAGCAUCCGCGCGUCCGGGAACCGGCUCGCGCGGAUACCAGAUUCUCUCUGCGCGAUGGACAGGCUCUGCGAGGUGCUGCUGCAGGGCAACGAGCUGCGGGCGCUCCCCGAACAGCUCGGUCGGUGCAGGUCGAUUCGGACGCUGCUGGUGCACGACAACCACCUCGAGAAACUGCCAGAGUCCGUCACCCAGCUGGCAGAACUGCGGUGGCUGUACGUGUACGGCAACCGACUCCAGGAUCUGCCGAGGGGGCUGCUCAAGUCGGCCCUGCUGCUGGAGAGGCUGCUGGUCGAGGACAACCCCCUUAGCGCCGCGACGAUGGAGGACCUCUUCCUGGACGUGCCGAGCAGCCUGCGGACCUUCGGCGUAGACAGCCGCCAGGUCUGCACCCUGGCCGCCGCGCACGAGGCGGCGGGGCAGAAGGUGCCGCCCUGCCCGCCGGCGUGUGCCACGUCUGGCUGGAUGCUGCCCUGGCCCCGGCUCUACGCCAAGCUCCUCCCCGCCUCGCAGCUCCGGCGGCCCGCUGGCGUGCUGCCGCUGUGCUCGCCGCAGCCCGCCUACGGAGGCGACCUGCUGGUGGUGGCCUUCGCAGCAAGCCAGGGGGAGCCGGAGUGGUUCGGCUGCCUGGGGCAGGCACAGGGCAAGGUGGUGCGGAGCCCCGUGCAGUCGUUCGCAGACCUCUACGCAGAGGUCCACGACGCGCCCGUGGCGUUCGAGGGCCAACACGCAUCUGGGCGCGCAGGCGGCGCGUUAUGGACGAGGCCAGCCCUUGGCGCGCAGUCAGGCAGCGAGGCCACCUGGGGGCCAGCGGAGUGCCUUCCGCUCCGGGAUUUCGACGUGCUGUUCUUGUGCGAAACGAACGCCCAGUGGUACGCGGACACGAACCACUUGGCGCUCGCAGUGGAGGCCAAGCUCAGGGAGAUUUGCCAGCGGUACCGGCGGGUAAUGUUCGUCGGAACUUCCAUGGGCGGCUUCGGCGCCCUCUCUAACGCGCACUUGGCGAGCACGAUCGCGGUCUUCGGCCCCCAGACCGACCUGCGCCACUCCCACUUGCGCCCCGGCUUCGUGGCGAACGAGCUGGACGCUGCCACCCGGCGCAUGAGGAAGAACGUGCUGGAGGCCAUCGGCGCUGGCGCCCGCAUCGAGUACCACGUCGGGCUGGAGGAGCACCUCGUGUACGCGAGGCAGCUGCCUCUGCCUCGGCACAGCCUGGUGGUGCACCCCGUCCACGGCCGCAUCGCCAGGAACAUGGAGCGGGCGGGCGUCAUGGUGCCGCUGCUGGUGGAGCUGAUCUCCGAGCUGCAGUGCGACGCCGCGGCGGCCGAGCCGCGGCGGGCUCUGGAGGCGGCCUCGUUCGCGGAGGCCGCCGAGAGGCACGCGGAGCGCCGGCUCCUCGAGGAGGCCACGCUGGACUCGCGGUGGCCCAAGGCUUGGGACUGGUCCAGCGACGAGGAGGCCGUGCAGGUCGGGCACUGGGGCCGAGGCGGCACCCUUGCACUCGUGCGCGCCUCUGGCCGCCAGCUGUGGCUCCUCUCGCAGGACCCCGCCAGGCUCGGGGACUGCUUCUGCACGGGCUGCUGGGCGCGGAACGAGGGGAGGGCGGAGAGGUGCAAGGCCUGCAAGCGCGACGACGUCCUGUUCAGUGUUGGCUAUCCUUGGGGCGUCCGGUCGAACGGCAAGUCGAACACGUGGGCUGGCGGCCCGAGGAGCGGUGACGACGCGACAGCUGGCGCUGCGCCAGCGGCCCAGCAGGUCGGCGUGGUGGACCAGAGCGGCUGGCACUGGGGCGCCUUGCUCGGGUGGCGCUCGUGGACCGGCUUGGCCACCGUGCCGCCGUCGCAGAAGUGCGGCUGGUGCAGGCGUGAGGCGGCGAGCGGCCGCCGCGACGCGGUGGCCGACGCGUGGUUCUGCGACCGCUGCUGGGACAGAUGGGCCGCCAAUAACGAGGGCCUCCGCGCAGAGCUCCCGGCGCGCUGGUUCGUCCCGGGGGGCCAGAGGUGGGCAUGGGCCGCCCCGGGGGCGGGCGCCAGCGGCUUCAUCGAGUUCUCCAGGGGCGGCCGCCUGGACACCACGUGGGGCGCCGGCACCUGGCGGGCGGACGGCGAUGAGGUGCAGGUUGCUUUCGGCCACCCCCGGCAGCUGCGGAGGCUGCGGCGGACCGCGCGCGGCUUCAGGUGCGCCCCUGUCCAAGAGGGCGGCGGGGACUGCGCCCGCGGGUGGCCGCUCUACGGGGCCGCCGCCCGGGAUCCGCUGGCGGGCUCUCUCGCGAAGGCCGUUGCGUUGCUGCGGCGCUGGGUCGCGCAGGUCCCGCCCGCCCAGCAAGUGGCUCUGCUUUCGGCUCUGCUGGCGGCGCUGCUGGCAGGGUUGGCGGGGCGCUCUGCGAUCCGCCGCCGCGCGCGCGCCUGCCGCCGCCUUGCCCCAUACACCUCGUCCUGGUUUGUCCUCCUCCUCCUCCUCCUCCUCCUCCUCCUCCUCCUCCUCCUCCUCCUCCUCCUCAUCCUCCUCAUCCUCCUCCUGCUCCCCCUCCUCUUCCCCCUCCUUCUCCUCCUCCUCCUCCUCCUCGUUCUCCUCCUCACUCGGGGUCGGCAAAGAGGGGGGGAUGACUAG